AUACCAAGUGCUCGUGAUAUAUACACAGAGAUACUGCAGCCCUUGAUCGAUAGUCAUUUGGACUGGCAGAAGAAAGCAAUUCAAGCAUCAUCAGAAGCAGACCUUCACGUAUACUUUGGUGGUCCACGCUCACCGUUUCUUACCCUUCUUGGUGUACCUGGUCGCAACGGCCCUUCAUUAUCAACAAACGCACGCACCCACGUUUAUAGACCAUUCUUGCAGAAAUUGUCAGUUAAGAGAUUAGAAGAAGAGCUGUAUAAACCAUAUGCGAACGUUAUUAUUCGCACGGCUCAGCGGGCGUCGAAAUGGAAGAAUAUGAUGAGCCGCUGCAACUUU